AUGAGGAGCAAGGAGGAGAGCGCGGUGAAGGAGCCGCUGGAUCUCAUUCGCCUCAGCCUAGACGAGCGUAUCUAUGUCAAGCUCUGCCAUGACCGGGAGCUUCGCGGCAAGCUUCAUGCUUACGAUCAACAUUUAAACAUGAUACUGGGUGAUGUUGAGGAAAUCGUUACAACUGUGGAGAUCGAUGAUGAGACAUAUGAAGAAAUUGUGAGGACCACGAGACGCACGGUACCUUUCCUGUUCGUUAGAGGGGAUGGAGUCAUAUUGGUUUCACCUCCCUUGAGAACAGCUUAA